UUUCUCAGCCACCCACAACCAAAACUUUUCAAAAUGCAGUUCUCCAAGAUCUCCGUCGCCGCCAUCUCCAUGGCCCUCUUCUCCCUGGCCUCUGCCGCCCCCGCCACCGAGGUCCCUCAUAUCCAGGCCCGCGCCAACUGCUUCGGCGAUGCUAUCGCCUCGGGCAGCAGCUGCGUUGCCGACUGCAUCAAGAAUGGAUCCAGCGACUGCAUCGUCGGUUGCAAUGCCAGCACUCUUAGCAAGCUUGCCGGCUGCAUGAUCUCUGGCAAAUAA